AUGAAGAGCGACUCAGCCACCAUUGAUGUUCCAGAAUCAAGCGCCGAGGCCAAAGGAAAAGCUCCUCUCAUGGCAGCUCCCAGAGAGCAAAAACCAGCAGGAAUAAAAAAGGGUAUCGCCAUUUUCGACUUCCUUCUUCGUAUAGGCGCAAUUAUUGCUGCUCUCGCAGCUGCUGCCACCAUGGGAACCAGUGAUGAAACCCUUCCUUUCUUCACUCAGUUUUUCCAGUUCCAAGCUAGCUACGACGAUCUACCCACAUUCCAGUUCUUUGUGAUUGCCAUGGGUUUAGUUGCUGGUUACCUUGUUCUUCUCUUUCCAUUCUCUAUAGUCACCAUUGUUCGCCCACUGGCACUAGCUCCAAGACUCCUCCUCUUGAUCUUGGACACUGUGGCUCUGACACUGUCUACGGCGGCCGGAGCGGCGGCGGCAGCAAUAGUCUACUUGGCUCACAAUGGCAAUCCAAACACCAACUGGCUCGCCAUCUGCAACCAGUUUGGUGACUUUUGCCAGAAAGUGAGCGGAGCUGUGGUGUUUUCUUUUGUCACUGUUGUGGUUUUCGUGGUCUUGAUCUUCCUCUCUGCCGUGGCUUUAAGGAGGCACUAG